AUGAGCGCCUUCGUCCCCGUUCCCGGUCACGCCACCACCCGCCGCAUCGUUCGACAAGGAACCGGCGCCGAGGUCGUCCAGGGCGACACCGUCACCGUGCACGCCAAGGGAACCGUCGUGGAGACGUCAAAAGUGUUUUGGUCCACCAAGGACCCGGGACAGAAACCGUUCACCUACCGCGCCGGCGUCGGCGCCGUCAUCACCGGAUGGGACCAAGGUUUAUUAGGCACCGCCUCCGGCGGCGUCGUCGAGCUCAACAUUCCCGCGCACGAGGGGUACGGCGCCGACGGGUUCCCGGCGUGGGGGAUUCCGCCCGACGGAACGCUCCUCUUCGAGAUCGAAGUGUUGAGCAUCCAAGGUAAAUAA